AUGGAUUUGAGUAGUGGCCUUGUUGUAGAACAGCAGUGCUAUGCCCAGGUGAUACCCACACAGGAUCGACUCGAAGGCUUGCGGGCUUUUGCUGAGAAACACUGCGUGUUAUGGGCAGCAAUGCGGCUGUCGGUUCUGCGGUUCAAAUGGGACGUCAUGGUUUCCGUAGCGCUUUCUCGUCCACAAGUUAUAGCUCCGCCCAUGACUGAAAUAGAGAGAAGGUUUCAUUCGCUGCAGAUGGAAGAGGAACGGGAAAAGAGCCUGUUGUGUGAUUUUGAAUUGAAAUCGCGACACGACGAGAAGCUUCUUGAAAAACGUGCUGAAUUGGAGCGUGAAGGAAAGGAGUUGUCAGAACUAGAUGAACAGAUGGGACUUGCCAAUUCGAUAAUUCAAGACGAGUGGAAUAGGAAAGGAGAGCAGUUGGUGAAAAGUCUUCAACUCGACAACCCCCGCUCACGUGAAGUCAACGAUGAACGGUCCUUAGAACGUAUGUUGGAUCGAAAGCUUUUACUGAUUGUUCGACAACGGUUUGGACAAGAAAAUUACAAAAGUCCGUGGAUCCUCCCUCAGUUGAAACAUGAGUCUGGAGAGACCUUACGAGAGACUGCCGAACGUUGCCUGAGGCAAGUCGCGAAUGAUAUCAAAGCAUCCUUCUACGGGAAUGCCCCAUUUGCCGUCUUCUCUCACAAAUAUCCUAAGCCACUCAGCCAGCGAUUGGAGAAGGAUGGAGCGAAAAUCUUCUUUUUAAACGCUGUUCUAGAUCUAGCAGUUCGUUUACACCGAAUAAGGAAGAGGUACGCACCGAUAAUUACUCCUUCAGUGCAUCUGUAG